UUUCCCUGAGGAGUUUCAAUAUUGACAUCAACAAAAAGUGGAUCACCUCUUCCACUCACUUUGUGUCUGAAGUCCUUAUGCAUUCUGAAAAAAGCCAAGAGGCCUGUCUCCUUAUAACCAGUUCUCCAAGAAACAAAGUUGGGAGACUCUUCAAAUGUUCUAUCAUCCGGGAUAAGAUCAUCUGUGACUCUGUUUCACGUGUCCAUGAUGGAAGUCUUCAAGGGAGUGGACUCACCUUAGCUCGAAAUUCCGAACAGAUCUUGCUUUGUUCCCAGCUAAAAUGGCGCAAACCUAGAAGUCUCACCCAAGAGCUGAAUGGCAACUGUAUCCUGUACACCGCAGACUUACAGGAGAAGGCCAGCUUCAAUUUCUCCAGUAUCGAUAAUCUAGUUCAGGAAACUCAAGGUGAAAGUCAUAACCACAGCAACAGCAACAACAACAACAACAAAAACAACAACAAUAAUGGUUUUGAACAAGAGAUGGAUGAAGACACAGGGACUGAGAUUGCAAUUGUCCUGGAUGGAUCAGGAAGCAUUAACCCUGAAGACUUUGAAAAGGCCAAGGAUUUCAUUUUCAACAUAAUGACCCGGUUCUAUAAAAAGUGCUUUGAGUGUGAGUUUGCCGUGGUGCAGUAUGGUUCUGUCAUUCAAACAGAAUUUGAUCUGUUAGCCAGCAGGGAUGCUAAUAGUUCCCUUCAAAAAGUUAAGAACAUAAAACAAGUCGGAAAUGUGACCAAAACAGCAUCUGCGAUCUACCAUGUCCUUAAAGAAAUCUUCAAUGUAGAGAAAGGUUCUAGGAGGCAGAAUUCCAAGAUUAUAAUUGUGCUGACCGAUGGGGAUGUAUUUCAAGAUCCUAAGAAUCUAGCCACUGUUAUGAACUUACCUGAAAUGAAGGGAAUUGAGCGAUUUGCCAUUGGGGUUGGAAAUGAAUUUAGUGCAUCCAAAAAAACAUUGGAAUUGAUUGCCUCUGAACCCCACCAUUCUCAUAAAUUUCGAGUGGAAAAAUUUUCAGGUUUGGAUGGACUUUUGAGAGGGUUGGAACAGAAAAUCAUCACCAUAGAAGGCACCUCAGGGGAAACAGACUUGCAGUUUGAGCUCGCCCAGAUCGGCUUCAGUGCUCAGAUACUGGACCAGAAACUCAUCUUGCUUGGGGCCGUUGGGGCCUUUGAUUGGUCAGGUGGGGUCCUGCUGUACAACGUGGAAAGCAAGAAAUGGAAUUUCAUGAAUGAAUCUAAAAAUGAGGCAAAGACUGCGCAAUACAGCUACCUAGGGUACUCAGUGGCGGUGAUGCGGAAGAGUUCCGGAAACUUAUAUAUUGUUGGAGCUCCCAGACACAGCCACACAGGGAAGGUGCUAGCCCUCCGAAGUGGCAGUUCGACAAACCUAUGGCCAGUUCUGAAAGGAGAACAGAUGGGAUCCUAUUUUGGCUCUACACUUUGCCCCCUGGACCUACAGCAGGAUGGAAAGACUGACUACCUGCUUGUAGGAGCUCCAUUUUAUCACACAGGGGAAGAAGGAAGAGUUUACGUGUAUCGUUUUACAAAAAGACAAGCGGCAGACAAAUUAUUCUAUCAGUUGAGCACCUACCCCACAGUUUCUUUGGCCCGGUUUGGAUUUGCGGUGGCUGGGAUAGGAGAUGUUAAUCAAGAUGGAUUCACCGAUGUGGCAGUUGGCGCUCCUCUUGAGGGCUUUUUGGGAGAAGAAACGAGUUUUGGAAGCGUUUACAUUUACAAUGGUUACGAGGGUGGGAUCUUGGACAACCCCUCUCAGCGGAUUGAGGCACUUAAAAUUUCUUCAGGCCUUCAAUAUUUUGGGAUGUCCAUUGAUGGGGGAUUGGAUCUCACUGCGGAUGGCCUGGUGGAUAUCGCUGUGCUGUCUUUAAAUAAUGCUACUGUACUCCGCUCCAGACCAGUUGUCCAUAUGAUUGUUUCCAAUGACCUUUACCCGGCUGCAUUACCCAUUGAUUACAACAGUACCGUAGAGGCAGUUCUGUGCUUUGAGAAUAACUCAACUCUUCCAGCACGUUGGCAAGAGUUGGGGAAUUCUCUGAGUAUCACGAUCGAACUGGAUGUGAAGAAGGAGGAGAAAAGAAUUAAAUUUAAGGACAAGAUACCAAGUUCCCUGCAACUAUCAUUGCUUCUCCAACAUGGUAUCAAUGUCAGCUAUCAGCUCAGCAGGCCCGAUUAUGGCCCGAUCCUCGAUCGAUACCACAGACCUACAGCUUAUUUCCAGCUGCCAUAUGAAAAGGACUGUAAGGACAAGCUCAACUGUAUUCCCGAAUUAAGUUUGUCAACGAAUCUGUCCACGUAUAAUGUGGUGGUGGGUCACACUGAAAACUUGAACAUGACUAUUAAUCUAACCAACUCUGGAGAAGACUCUUUCAGGACAAAUUUGAUUUUGAGUUAUCCCAGAAAUCUAUUAUUUAAAAAGAUCCAAGAGCUUAGCUUUCCCACUCAAAGCGUCCAAUGCAGUGAUCCUAAACAAGUCACUUCUCUCCUGGCCAUUACCUGUAAGAUCAGUCAUCCCAGAUUCAGGAAUUCAUCAAAAAGGUUUUUGGUAACCUGGCAGGUCGACAAAAGCAAGUUUCCAAACAGGACAGCAGAAAUUACUGUGAAUGUCAUCAAUAAUAAUGAAGAUCAGAGAGUCGUGGAGAAUUCCCACCUUCUUCAUUUCCAGCAUGCCUUCACUGCAGUUCUUAUCAAGCAACCAGUUCUGUACAUGAAUAUCAGCCAAAGACUUUCAGAGCACAAAGAAUUUGUGUUUAAGAUUCAUGGGGAAAACUUCUUUGAAGUUGAAUUUCAAUUACAGAUCUGUGUGCCUGUCAAAAUACAAGGUCAUGAAAUAGUACAGGUGAAGGACAUCACAUCAACACAGGUAAUUUUGACAUUCUUUACUUACUCACAGUUGGUUCUCUUUGUUGGUCCUCCUCACCAGCACGUUGCCCCAGUGCAGGUCUCUGUGCUCGAACCCAAGGGCCGCCUCAGCCACGGCCAGGGAAGCGGUGACCUGGUGCAAGAUGCUUUUGGCAGUCGCCACCGAGCUCAGCUGCUUCUUCAUGUUCUCCAGGUCACUGCCGCCAAACUCAAAUUCCAGCACCACAAAGAGCUGCUGGUCCCCAAAGAAGCUUUCCUAGUGGUCCCCCCUUCUUCCUCCUUCGGGAAAGCCCUGCCGCGGCCCUUCUUUGGGCAUCCGGUCAGUCCCGGGGAGGAAGGCGGCCUGCGGGCCCUCCCCUCGGGCCAAGAGGCAUCGGCUGUCUUAGUUUUGCUGGCCUCGGGGGAGCCGCUGUCGGCGGGGGCGGCCCGGGGCGGGGAAGGCGAGCGGGGCGCGGCGCUCGGGGUGCUGCUUAGCAACGGCAGCCCCCUGCCGCGCGGCCCCCUGCCGGCAGGGGGCGGCCGCAGGCUCGUCGGAGGCUUCGAGGUCGGGACUCGGCGAGUCGGGGGUGGCGGCGCUGCUCCUGCUGCUGCUGCCGCCGCCGCCGCCGCUGCUGCUGCUGCUGCUGAAGAAGCGUUUCCGAUCCUGGGGCGAGAACCAGUCGCUGAUCAGCUGCACCCGGCGCAAGGCGCCGCGCUGGGCUCCCUGACCCCCAACGGCACCGAAUGCCAGCUGGGAGUCAACCACCAUUGCCAUGAAGCCCCAGGGCAGGAGUAUCAGUUCGUGAGCUGCAAUAUUCUUGCAAGCAAAGGCACCAUGACAAUGAUGGUGACUGUGGAGGCAGAACUGUCUUUCAGGAACUCUAAGGAGUUAACCAAAUUCAUAAAUGAAUUGCGAAUCCGUGGUAAAAUCACCUUCAAUGAAAACCUGUACCAGCCCCUGAAAGCAGAGAACCACAAAGCUGAGGUCACUCUAAUUCUGCUGAAAAUCAAGGAUUUUAAUUUUUUGAGUGUCAUUCUACCAAGCAGCAUUGGUGGGAUUUUGGUUCUGAUUUUCAUCCUAAUUUUCCUUAUUAAGUGUGGCUUUUUUAAAAGAAAAUAUCAAGUGAAAUCCCAAGGAGCAGAUGAACAAGAGAAUUUUGAAAGUCUGGUUAAAGAGGAGGACUAACACCAGGCUCUUCACUGCAUCAACUUGAGACCCUUUUUCUCUAUGCUAUGGGAUUUUCCCAUCUUUUCUUACCCAAGGCACGCCACAGAAAAGGCAACAAGAGCAAAAAGAUGUAGAUGUAAAAUCAGUAGAAUUGAGGCAUUUUCCCCCA